CCCCCGGGAAACAAGAGAAAUACCUCCCCGCUGUUCGAUUCCAACCGCAAACUCAGCAUUUAUUUCUGUUCUGAGUGUUUUAAAGAAGAAGUCGUGGCUGUGGUGAAGCCGAAAUAUGCAUCAUAUCUCUGAGAAGAAAGACCCUCCUCUGCCCCUGUCCUGUCUCCGCCUCCUGGUCCCGCCUCUUCGGCUGCUCUCUGCAGCGGUCUGGGAAACUGUGCAGCAGAGAGCUGUGGCUGAUUAUGGGCUGCUGGAUGACUUCGUUACAGCCAUCACUGAAACUGUCCCAGAGCUGCUUAAUCGCAGACAGAGUUGAUCCUGGAGCUGUGUCGCACAGAGCAGACGAUAGACCGACCAUUCAGCCACACCUGGAUAUAAUCACUUCACUAUGGAACACAGAGAUAAGCGAUAAAGACGAUGGAUCUUCUGCAUCAAACCUCCCUGGUCUUAUUCACACCCUUAUUGAAGACCACGAGGAGAGGCAGCACUUCUUCCGGGAUGUUUUCCCAGUGAGAUUUGGAGCCAGGUAUUGUGACGAUAUACAGAUGCUCGUGGAGAUACUCCUCCUGCAGCUUGACAAGCUGCUUAGUGUACCAGAUCUUAAACAGGUUGCCUGGAUGAUCAGCGACGUGCCUUCAGUGCUGUCAGAAUGUAUGGAGUCUUUCUGUCCAUCUCAGGAACUUAAAUGUCUUCUGGAAUAUCAAAAAGGUCUCAGUCAACUAAAUGAGAAUGAUAAUCCAACAGUUGGUGCCAACAUUUGUUCAGCUCUCUGUCUGCCACCUAUGUCAACAGCUCUAACAGAAGAAGAGGAGAGAGUAUUAGAUGCAAAUGUCUUAAGUGAUUACAUGGAUGCAUUCAAUAAGGAACUAACAGGAGAGACUGUCACGUUGAGAAAACACGUAGGAAAUGCAAAGACGGAGAGUGACGAACCGAAAAUGAGAGCGACUGAAACCAGCAGUGUGAAGAAUCAGUCUGUAUUCAACAGGGAUCAAAGACUAGACGAUGAGAUUUCAUACAGUGUUGAGUCUUUGGAGGGGGAUAAGAUGGGUUUAGACACUUGUGUUGGUUAUAAUGUUGAAAUUCUUGCAGAGGAAUCUGUUAGCACAGAGAACAAGCCCUCUGUUGGAGACUCGGUGAUGGAUGUUAGAGAGGACGAGCAUGUUCAGGUAUUAGUCAGAACCACAGAUCACAGUAUUUACAAAGUCUUGAGCCCCAGUGAGACCAACAGUUGCACAAAAGAAGAGAGCGAGGAGGUCAAUACCAGCACAGUAACUGAUGACGAUAUAUCUAAUGUGAUUCUAUCACCUGUGCUGUAUGCACCUGUUGUGAUCGAACCCCCAAGAGCAGUCAACCAGUGCCAAAGUCUAAAGAUGAAAAACAUUUCAGCAGCAUCCAAAAAUGAGCUGACCAAAAAGAGCCCACAGGUUCUGUCAACCAGCAAGACUUGUCCCACAUGUGGUAAGACUUACAGUCGUGCGUCAGAUAUGAGACGGCAUCAGAGAACUCAUACGGGGGAGCGACCUUUCCAGUGUUUGCAGUGUAAGAAACUAUUUCAGUUCCCGUUUGACCUGAAGAGACAUGAGUUGAAUGUGUGCCGAAUCACUGCGCCAAAGCCUCAGAACCUCUCAGAUAAAAACAGUCAAGACCCAAAGCAGGGGGAAGUUUGUGGCCAAGUUGGAAGUCAACCUACAGACGGUAGGAUUGAAAAGGAAUGUCUGGUAAAUCAGAAAGAAGAGGAGUCUCCCUCUGGUGAGGGAGUACAAAAUGCCACAAGCGAAACAUUCAGUGCCAAAGUCCAGUCAGGGGAUGUAAAGGAGCAGAGCCACAGACCUCAUCAGGUCAGUCACAGGGGCAAGAACUCCAAGGGUUUCAAGUCCAAAAAGACAAAUAAAGACAAACCUGCUGAACCGUCACUGCACUGUGUGGAAUGCAACAGGUCAUUCCCAGAUACAGCAAGACUUGAAACCCAUAAUCUGAGACACAAACCUCGUCCUUGUACCAAGUGUGGUGAGAUUUUCAAAGGCUUCAUAGACCUUAACCAGCAUUACGUUGAAGUGCAUGAUUUCAGAGGACCUUUUCCAUGCUCUAUGUGUGAACGAACUUAUACUGAUCUCCGAGGUCUGAUCAGGCACGAGAGGUUCCACACAGGGAAUCUUCCCUUCAAGUGUCCCAAGUGUCCGAAAGCAUUCAGUUUACGCAUCUGCUCUGACGCUACAUGAUCGGACUCAUACUAAAGAGGCUCCAUUCCUCUGCUGGGAUUGCGGGAAAGGCUGCAAGUCCAACGCUGCCCUGAGAAUCCACAGGCUGUGUUGCCACAGCAGCGCAGAGGAAAAACGCUUCUGCUGCGAGCACUGCGGAAAGGCUUACGCUCUUAAAAGAAGCUUAGGACCUCCACGUGGCAAAACUCCACACAGGCGUGCGCUACCCAUGCUCCCACUGUGGUAACCUGUUCCGAAGUGUGAGCUCGCUGACAAGACACGAUCUGACCCACACAGAGGAAAGGCCGUACUCAUGCAGUGAGUGCAGCAAGAGUUUCAGGUCAGCUUCAGAGCUGAAAAUACACACUCGCUAUCACACCGGAGAAAGGCCUUUCACAUGUCAGCAAUGUGGCAAGGGCUUUGUUCAGUCUUAUUACCUCACUGCACAUAUGAGGAUGCAUACGGGGGAAAAGCCCUAUAAAUGUCCAACUUGUGCCAAAUGUUUCAAAAGCGCAGGGAUUUUGAAGAGACACCAGAUGACCCAUACAGGAGAGAAACCCUAUAAAUGUUCUGUCUGUGAAACAGCCUUCAGUCGACCGGAACUUGUGAAAGCUCAUGUAAAGAAAUGUCAUUAAAUUUUAUGCACUUUGA